AUGCUGAAGCUGGCGGCAUUGGGUCUUCUUUGUCAGGCACAUGUAGACUGCAACGACCCUUCUGCCGCGGCCCAGCGCGUCAAGGACAUGCUGCCGCAGAUGCAGCCGCGGGGUCCCCGGAUCCAUGCGCUGGUGCUGGACCAGUUGGCCGGCGUGCUGUCCGAAUAUCAGCCAGAGAAGGCCUUCACCGAGAUCUCUCGGGCCCUGGCCCUGCCGGCAGCGGCAGACGAAGACUUGGAGGCCCAGCUGCGGCUCAGGCUCUCCACGGUGGAGGUGGCCAGAGGCAACGACGACGAGGCGCUUCGAGCCAUCGAGCGGGCGCUGACGCUGUGGAGCCAGCAUGAGGAGCGUGCGGAGGCGAGCAUGGCCGCCCGCUACCUCUCUGUGGGAAUCCUCCUGCGCAUGUUCGACCCCAAGGACGCGCUGCGAGAGGCGAGCCAAGUUAGAGCCUUCUUCGAGGACGAGGGCGACAAGUAUCGCGCUGGUAUGGCGCUGGUGGCCGUUGCGACCAUUGCCUAUGCCCGAGGAGGAUUCGACGAAGCCAUUGACUCUUUGCAAGUCGCCAAGGAGAUUUUAGAGGUUUAG